GUGAUUUAUGCUGAUUUUAUGUAUAUUCUAAUUUAUUGGUAUUAAAAAUAAAAUAUGUUUGGUCGUUCGUUUAUUAAAAAGAUAUUAGUGUUGUGCAUAUGCUUUGGAUUGAUUACUUUUUUGCUGUUUUCUUCUCGUGUCCAUGAAGAUCAAUUAUCUGAUGGGUUUCUUCAUCAUCAAUUUAGCAAACUCACAGACCAGAUUGCAAACUGGAUUGAAAGUGAAGUCUUAGGAAUUUCUUAUGAAGAACGUUUUUGUAAGCAUUUAUCGGUUUGGAACAAAAGUAGUGCUUACCCACCAAUAAGCACAGUUGCAAAGCAUCUGAAUAUCCGUAAUGGUGACUUAAUUUUUGUUAAUGGAUUGCAUUGUGGCGAAUGGUUAAUUGCUCUUCGAGGUCUUUUUCCUGAUGUUAUACUUUAUGGAGUUGAUAUGGAUUCUGAUUCAGUUCAAUAUGUUAACAAAUUGGUUAAUGGAACCUUUAAGCAAUCCCAGCCAUUUGAAUUAGACAAACUAGAUUUUGGAAGAAACAUACAGUUCGAUCAUGCCAUAGUAGAUAGUGUUUUAUCCAUUUAUCCUCCUGAUUGGCAAUGUAAAACAAUCAAACAGAUGAUUCCAAUGUUAAAAGCUGGUGGAUCUUUAUACAUUGGUAAAAACUUUGAACACAGUGGACAGCACUUGCAUGAACAACACUUGCGAAAACACUCCCAUGUUAGGCUUCUGCCUAAAUGCUUUUGGAGUAAAGUAUGUUUAUUACAGAGAUCAGAUAUAGUAGAAGUGUUGUAUUCAAAAGAGUCUACAUUAUUGGAUACUUUACAAGUGAAUGACAAUGCCGAUGAGAAAGAUAGGAUUCUUAUUGAUGUUACAAUGUGUGCUACAUCAGUUUUUAUUUACAAGCAUAUAAUGGUAAAUAGGCGUUCGAAAAAUCUUCUACCUAAAUCUAAAUAUCAGGAUAAUAUUCAUAAUCAUCCGUGCACGUAUUCAGAAACAAUGAAUGCAACCCAGGAUAAAAUCAGUGUUGAUAUUAAAAAAGCUGUUAUGAACAUGAAAAUGCAAGGUCUUGAUAUGCAUUAAUAUAUGAAUAUAUUUGUAAUAAUAUACAUUAUAUAUAUAUUUAAUUAAA